AUGGCUGCUGUGACUAUGGCUGCUGUGACUAUGGCUGCUGUGACUAUGGCUGCUGUGACUAUGGCUGCUGUGACUAUGGCUGCUGUGACUAUGGCUGCUGUGACUAUGGCUGCUGUGACUAUGGCUGCUGUGACUAUGGCUGCUGUGACUGACCAUGGCUGCUGUGACUGUGGACUAUGCUGUGACUAUGGCUGCUGUGACUAUGGCUGCUGUGACUAUGGCUGCUGUGACUAUGGCUGCUGUGACUAUGGCUGCUGUGACUAUGGCUGUGGCUGCUGUGACUAUGGCUGCUGUGACUAUGGCUGCUGUGACUAUGGCUGCUGUGACUAUGGCUGCUGUGACUAUGGCUGCUGUGACUAUGGCUGCUGUGACUAUGGCUGCUGUGACUAUGGCUGCUGUGACUAUGGCUGCUGUGACUAUGGCUGCUGUGACUAUGGCUGCUGUGACUAUGGCUGCUGUGACUAUGGCUGCUGUGACUAUGGCUGCUGUGACUAUGGCUGCUGUGACUAUGGCUGCUGUGACUAUGGCUGCUGUGACUAUGGCUGCUGUGACUAUGGCUGCUGUGACUAUGGCUGCUGUGACUAUGGCUGCGGCCUCACGCUGCCUCUGCGUAUCCAGGCCCACUGCACCAAGCCAGAUAAGUGGAAUGGCAGUGGAAUGGGGAUUCUGGAAUGA